AUGGAGAAAUUGCCAGUAGAGCUACUUUGCACGCUUUUAGAGUACUCAGGAGCCCUAGGGCUUACCUGUCGCCACCUAAAUCGUCUCAGCAAGGACCUUAGCAUAGUGCAUAUCGCGGGUCCGAAUCCUCCGAAUCUCGCACACUUCAACAUGGAUGGCAAGGGGAUGUAUGAAAUAAUGGAUAAUGAGAAAUUUGAGCGAGAUCUGGCAGUUAUUUCUGCUGACAGCCUACAAGCAUCGAGUGUGAGGCAAAUAAGAUACAGAGAUACAGAUAGCGUCAAUGAGCGUGUACUAGAGCACCUCAAAAACCUACCUAACCUUACCACGGUGAUUAUACAAUGCACUAGUGUGCUAUCGAUGAGUGUGCUGCGCAGGAUGCGGAGGCUGCACACUCUGAAUGUGAAUUCGAUAGUAUCCGCUAAAGAUAUCCCCAUAAACGACAUUCUCAAUCAGUGCCCUGCGCUCAACACACUCACCGUCGAUAUGAUGUUUUACAAGCAUUACAGCGAGAACAACCUCAACCAAUUGGAUGGAGUGAUGGUGGGAAAUCAUCCAGUGCAGACUGUCGUGCUUAGACAUAAGCUGUGCGGCAAGUGCUACUGCGCGCACAAUCACAAUCCAUUCGAUCUCGUGGCGGUUUACUUGCCUACUUGCACUACGAAAUCUCUUAGCAACAAGCCACUAGUCUCCUUAGUCAGAGUACACAGCCGGAGCACUCUCGUCGAUGUGCUAGCCCGUGCUUAUGGCUGGGAAAGGGAGGAGUGUGCAGUAGAGGAGGAGUUGGCCAAGGCACUGUAG